UUCGUUCAUCGUUCUCUUCGUUGUCGGACGCCAUAGUGGACGCCUCAUUUUAGAGGACGGUCGAGAGCAACUUAGGCGCGUUGUCUACAUAGAAUUUGUGGUCUCGUUACGCUGAACAUAGAAACCAGCGUAAGAUCAUUUUAAGCAAACGAUGGCGGGAGCCGAUUCACCAAGUGUGAAGCCAGAACAACAAAACGCAGCCGUAGAAAAUAGCAACGAAAAUGCACGGGAACGUAAUCCACCGGGAGGCGGUAAUCGUGGUCCGCGUGGUCGAAAAGGCGGCACACGCUUUUCUGGCGGACGUGGAGGUGGAAUGGGAGGAGGAAACAGAAAUAACGAUGGACCGAUGAAGAUGAGCGAUUCCAUGGAUGGUGGAAUGGAUAACACCAUGUCUGAAGGAAUGGGUGGUGGCGGUAUGGGAGGAGGAAUGGGCGGUAUGGGACGCGGUGGCGGUAUGCGAGGUAGAGGUGGCCGAGGAGGUGGCGAUAGAAAUAUGGGAAAUCGUUCUCAAGAUGAUCGUUUAAUGGAACGAAUCAUGGGUAUUAGUGGACCUACUCAUGAAUUGCCAGCUCAAGAAACUACAGAAAAGAAGUUCAGCGGUCGAAAUCGGUUAUACAUCGGAAAUUUGACCAAUGAUGUUACAGAAGAAGAAAUUCAACAAAUGUUUCAACAAUAUGGAGAAAUAUCUGAACUUUUUGUCAACAAGGAAAAGAAUUUCGCAUUUCUCAGAAUGGAUUUCAGAGUAAAUGCUGAGAAAGCAAAACAUGAGUUGGAUGGUACAAUGCGUAAAGGGCGGGCGCUUAAAGUACGUUUUGCACCACACUCGUCCACAAUUAAAGUUAAAAAUCUUACACCGUGGAUUUCAAACGAAUUGCUUGAAAGAUCAUUUGGUGUUUUCGGCGAAAUUGAACGGGCAAUAGUUAUAGUCGAUGACAGAGGAAAAACUACUGGCGAAGGAAUUGUAGAAUUUUGCCGAAAACCAUCGGCCCAGCUGGCUUUACGAAAGUGCACAGAAGGAUGCUAUUUCUUGACUGCUUCUUUACGACCAGUUGUCGUUGAACCAUUUGAACAACAGGACGACGUUGAUGGUUAUCCAGACAAGAAUUUACCCCGAAAGAAUCCGGAAUUUUUCAAAGCUCGAGAUAUUGGCCCGAGGUUCGCACAGAUAGGAAGCUUCGAGCACGAAUAUGGAACAAGAUGGAAGCAACUUCACGAACUGUACAAACAAAAGGAAGAGGCAUUGAAGAGAGAAAUGGCAAUGGAGGAAGAGAAGUUGGAAGCUCAAAUGGAAUUCGCGCGUUAUGAACAUGAAACGGAAUUGCUUAGGGAACAACUGCGUAUGCGUGAAGCGGAUCGGGAGAGGCAAAAGAGAGAAUGGGAGAUGAAGGAAAGACAGGCCGAAGAACAAAGGACGCGUGAAGAAGAAUUGCGAAGAAGGCAACAGGAAGAAAUGGCAAUGCGUAUCAGAAGACAAGAAGAAGAACUCCACAGGCGCCAGCAAGAAAACAAUUUAUUCAUGCAGGGCGAUAAACCCUUUAUUUUUAAGGAGCAAGCAAUGAGAGGAGGCGGCGGUGGUGGUGGAGGUGGCGGCGGCGGCGGAGGUGGCAUGGGAGGAAAAAAUUACGAUUCCGUUAGUAAUAGUGAUCUCGAUGGAUAUGGUCAAACUGAUUGUGGAAGCAGUAUGCCAGUGGACGCAAAGUCUUUCUUGGAUGCUUAUAACAGUAUGGAUCGUGGUAGCCGUGGGGGUGGUUACAAUGACGAUCGUGGUCAAAUAAUGGAUUUGAUGGACAUGAGGGUCGACAUGGGUAACAUGAGUGGCGGUCGCGGAGGUAGUGGUGGUGGUAGUGGACGUUGGCAAGGUGGAAAUGAUCGAAAUCGUCAGGACGAAUAUCCUAACAAGAGGAGGCGCUACUAAAAUAUCACAGUAUUAUAACAACUUUUUUUUUUUUAAUCGAUCGAGAUCUAGUUGUCUUUCGAUUAAAAAAAAAGGAAAAAGAAAAAUGAACAAUUAUAUUUCCCAAUAGUUCGCAUUGUAUUCUUCAGUCAUUUUUCCACAACUUCUGCUAUCGAUCGUCUCUCACGUUUUAUAUCAUGGGGGCAAAUAUUAGCAAGAAUGAUUGGGCAGAAACGAGAUGAGUAGUAGGUCGAACGAUUUUAUAUCUUUCGUAUUAGAUCUGACGUCAUAUUAUCGUGAAAAUAUGCUGUGUUUUAUACAGUUUUUAAGUUAUCAAAAUAUUAACGAACGUAACCUUGCGAGCGCAAAACUACGAGAGAUAUCUUGCUCGGACGAUUAGUACUAACAGACACAUUUCAUGCAUUGACGAAUUCUUCAGGCCUUGGUAAAACUUUCUCUGGUGAGAUAUAAACCAAAACGUCAGUGCUCUAUAGUAACGUUAUUAUUGACUAGUAAGAAACACAACCAUAUCGUUUCUCAAUUUUCUUUUAGCGUAAAAAACAUUACAUACAGGUCAUACUACAUUUUUUAUUUCCCAGAAUCUGUUCUUUAUUAAAAGAAAUACAUAGGGAAAGAAUUGAACUUUACGGUAUUACUUAACGAGCAUUAUCAUGGUAGUAUACCAUAAUGUAGAUGCGAGUAUAUUAAUUGUCAAUUACCAUUUAAUGAAAAAAUAAAAUCAUGUGGAAGUUUUGUUUCUUGAAAUAACUGUAAAUAUUCGAAACGACGUAAUAUAUUAGUCUUCGUCAUUACUAUAUUGUCAUAUUAUACUAUACUCAUAGCUUGUCGUUUAUUUGAAUCAAUAGUUUUCCAAGAUGAAAGUAAUAUUAUAUUCUGAUCGUACAUUUUGCUUUGUACCUCACAGAUACAAAAAAAAGAAUAGGGAAUUAGUCUGUAAGCGAGAAUGCGUUUAUCCCGAGUGAAACCGAUGUCAGUUAUUCGGUAAUUCUCACCCUUCUUUAAGAAGAUAAAUUACGCAGAUACGCCUGAAUUAAAGACAAUUUUAGCUAGUGCAUUAUCAGUAAUCGUACGUUGGUGUUUUUACGCUAAUAAAGGUGUAAAUUCUCUAUGACAGGAUAUAUACAAUUUCCUCAUUACUUAAACUUCAUAAAAGUAAUUAUGUUAGAAUAAGACGUAUACCAGCAGAAUGGUCUGCAACUGUGCUACUCAAACUUUGUGAAGCAAUUUCAUUGACAAAAAGUAAUUUUAUGAAUAAAGGUCUAUAUAUAUACAUAUCUAUAUGUAGGAACUAUUUAUUUAAUUAAUCUUUAUGGUUGUGGAAUCAUUCCAAGUGUGUGUGCUUGAAGGAUAAUGCGAAGACAAUUCACAUUCUUUUAGCGCUUUUAACAGGAUUUCUAAGAGCCAUUAUAUGGAAUCAAAAUAUGAUUCGCACGAAGACAUUUUAUAUUUCUGCAGUACAUAAUCAAUUACGUGUUGAUUUUCAUAAGAAGUCCGUUCUUGUUGAUCAUGUUUGUAAUGUUGGUUGUAUGGGUACAACCAACGAGUUUGAGAUUCACUCGCAGUGUACUCUCUGCUAUUUUCUCCCUAUAAUUUUUUUAUUGAAAAAGAUUCAACUUUUAUAUGUAGGACAAAAAUUUUGAACGGAAAUACAACUUUACUGGUUUAUUGGGGAGUAUUGAAUAGAAAUUGACAAAAACAUUCGGAAUUUCUGAUGAUAGUAUUUUCAUCCUAAAACUUCGAAUGUGAAAGUGAUACAAUAAGGGUUUGAGUAUACUUCAAUGAUACAUGCUGUGGGUAUAAAAACUAUAUGAAAAUAUGUGUGCAUCGACAUACUUUAUCUAAUAAGUUUCUAUCCUUACAAAUUGUAUAAUUUUAUAUUUAAAAUUUGUUUAAAACUAUCAAUUAUUAGAACUUACAGAAAGUUACUUUUAAUUUUAGUAACUUCGUUUGUAUAUAAUUAACGCUGUUAUUGUACAAUAGUCACUCAUUUUAUAGGUGAAUUUUUUAAAUUAUUUCUAUAAUCUUAAUCUUUAUACUUCUUUCUAGCACAUGACAAGUGCCUAACAUACUUUAAAGAACAUCUUUAAGGUGAUCUCAAGUAUUUCAUGCACUUAAACUAAUAUUGUUCCAUGAAACGAAGCAUAGUAGAUACAAUUCCUUGAUUAAAGAGGUAUAGAAUGUUCCGUAUUAAACUAUUUAAAAUAAUUCAGUGCGGUAAAAAGUGAUCAAUUCUCUAAAGUCUGAAUAUCAAAAUCUGCAAGUUAUUGUAUUCAGUGUUUUACAUACAUACUACGCAUCUAUAAUUUUCAAGAAUUGCCACAAUUCAUAAGUAUCGAACGUAACAAACGUUUUAUAAUACAUCUUAUUAGUUUUGUAUAAAUUUAAUAAAAAUAUUUUUUGAUUUCUUUUUUUUUUUUAAGUAUACAGUAUUUGGCAUUCUCUUUUAGUAUUAGUUUAAUAUGACUAAUAGUUAUUUUCUUUUUCUCUAAAGUAUUACAUCUUACGCCAAGUGUGAAAUACAGUGAAACAGAACACUUUAACUCAGUUCUCUUUUAAUAACUCGCAUUACUCUUCAAUGUGUCUUGCCUAUCUAAUUUUACUCUACCAAUUAUCUAAUCUUAUUACACAAUUUUAUGAAUUUUUACGAAAAUUUCCCUGUCAGUUCCAAAUUAACUUCACCUACAACUGUGUGUCUGUAGUGUAGAUAAUUUUAAUGAUCACUAUUUUAUAAUGGUAUAUAAUAUGUAUUACAUUAUAUUUAUCAUUAGGUACUUUCAUGAAGACUUUGUAUUCGUCGAAUGAAAAUCAAUCCUUUCAAUACGAUGUGAUCAAACAUUCAUUCAACGAAUACUUAUAUCCUGCACACAUAGUGUAAAAAAUAUGUAUGUGCAUCAUACUUAAUGCAUACACUGAAUGUGCUCGAAAGUUCUUAAGGAACAGGAAUUUUUACUCCUUUAAAUGGAUAUUUCCUGACAUGUAAACGAACGAUAUAAAUAUAUAUAUAUAUAUAUAUAUGUAUAUAAUAUUGUAUAUACAUGUGUAUAUAUACACACGCAUAUAUCACACGAGCUAUUACAUUGAUUACGAAAACGUUAUGGUCUGACCAUGAAUCGUUUCCGAAAAUUUAUUGUAUGGACCAUUCAUCCCAGAUACGUUACAUACGUCCAUUUCUUGCAAAAUGUUCUUUCUCGGAGAGAAAAAAAUGACUACGUUCGAGUGUACGCGAUUGCCUGCGAUCGCGAAAUAAUCCACAAUAUAAACUGAAAGUUUAUUAAUCAAGAGUCUUUUAACGGAGGAGAGACAGCAAUGACAAGAUAGGCUUACUUACUUGAAAACUACUAGUCAAUGAAUCUACUGGUAUGAGAUGCUCAUAGCAGUUGGGGGCUGAGAAAACGAGUACAACGAAUUUAAAGGUGAAAACAUUUCAUUCUGUAUGAAUCGGAAUAUGACCAUAUGAAGUUUCUAUUCGUGUGGAGGAACAACGUCGAAACAAUAAGAGGAAGGAUUCACAGAUGUGGCAGUUUUUU